GCUUGCACUGCAUAUGCUCCUGUCCAAUGUCGUUCCGUGACAUAUUCCUGAGGGCGUCUCGGAUGAUCGGGCUCACUAAUAACAAUAGCUCCUGUUUCGGAGGUCUAUCCCAGAUGAAAUUGAACCUAUCCAAUUGUCCAACUGCCCCGCAUGCCCCACUAUACUGCCAUUCCAGCCGUCAUAACCUCGUCGAAUGCUGCCAUAUACAUAUCAGCUGCCGAGCAAUGCCAAAGCAUUCUCUUCUCCAUUCUUUACCUUUCCCAAUUGACACUUCCAGAUGUCUCCAACGAUGCGCGCAGUCGAAAUUAAGAAUGGCAAAGGCAAUGCCGACAGCCUGUAUCACACCGAUGUGCCCAAGCCCACGCCAAAGGGCUCCGAAGCUCUCGUGAAGAUCAAGGCUUUUGGGCUCAAUCGCAUGGACCUGCUCCAGCGCGAGGGCCAAUACCCGGUUCCGCCUCAGGCCAGCAAGAUCCUCGGUGUGGAAUUCUCGGGCGUGAUUGAGAGUUUCGGGGGGGAUGCGGAGCGAGGUUUCAAGGUUGGUGAUGAGGUUUUUGGACUCGCUUAUGGAGGGGCUUAUGCUGAAUACAUCGCUGUGUCGACGCACAUGCUGGUACACAAGCCUAAAGAGCUCUCGUGGGAGGAGUGUGCUGGUAUUCCAGAGACCUGGAUAACAGCAACCCAAGCAAUCUACCUUAUCGGCCAGUACAAGCCCGGCGACUCGAUCCUCUGGCACGCGGGCGGGUCCUCAGUCUCACUCUCCGGGAUCCAGCUCUCCCACGCCGAUUCUCCGUCCGGUGUCUUCGCUACCACGCGGUCCGACGAGAAGAACGAUUUCCUCGUCAAGGAACUAGGCGUCAAGGCUGCCUUCAACACGAAGACGUCGCUGGACUGGGCAGACGAGGUGCUCAAGGCAACGGAUGGCAAGGGCGUAGACAUCAUUGUCGACUUCAUCGGCGCGGACACGUUCGGACCGAACCUGAAGGCGAUUGCAAAGGACGGCCGGAUCGUCAUGCUGGGCUUCAUGAGCGGUGCCGAGAUCCCAGCGGGUGUCAGUCUGGGUCCGUUCAUCGCGAAGAGGAUCAGGUAUGAAGGGAGUAGCCUGAGGAGUAGGGACGAGGAGUAUCAGGGCAAGCUCCGGGAUCAGCUUGUUGAGCAUGCGCUGCCGCGGUUCAAGGACAAGCGGUUCAAGGUGUUUGUCGAGAAGGUGUUCAAGUGGGAGGACGUCAUUGAUGCGCACAAGUUGAUGGAGAGCAAUCAGACAAAGGGAAAGAUUAUCUGUACGAUUAGUUGAGGUACCCCGAUUUGCAUGCGGUUGGGAUAAGCUUUGCCAAGAUCUUGUUCAUGGCAUGGCUUAUGACUUCAGGUGCUCCGGUUAUCCGCAUGUAUGCACCCUACGUCGGACCUGUGCAUAUUUCUGCUGCAUAUAUCAUGGUUCGAUGUACAACACUUACGAAUUCGCACACUACUGAGACUACUACCCUCACCGAAUGUCUAUUCAAGGG